AUGACCAGAAAGAAGAGCCCAGACCUUGGGGAAUACGAUCCUCUCACUCAGGCUGACAGUGAUGAAAGUGAAGAUGACCUGGUACUCAACAUCCAGAAGAACGGGGGGGUCAAGAACGGGAAGAGCCCCCCUGAGGAGGUGCAGGACCCUGACUCUGAUGUGGAGGUUGGGAUGACAAAGCAGCACACAUCAGAGAGCGUGCCCGAGGGUUAUCCUGCAGAGACAGCUGGAAGUUUGGAGCAGAAGGCUGCUCCCUCCCUCAUGCCAUACCUGCGCACAGCGAUCUUUCUGCUCACUGUGGUGAUCUCGAUGAUUCUUGUGUUGGUGUGCGCAUUUCUAAUUCCCUGUCCCCCUAGAGACUUGCAUAACACCUGGAACCGCAACCUAGGUCAGGGAGCAGGUGGUGUGUUAUCCCCACUGGAGCUGUGUGAUGUGAAUGGCGAUGGGCUCCCUGACAUCCUCAUUGUCUUCACUGCCUUGAUGAAUGCUAGUGUCAUGGGCGUCUCUAGGCCUUCUGUAACUGUGGUGGCCCUUUCUGGUAUGAAUGGCAGCACCUUGUGGUCCAUCCAGCUUCCAGAGGAGACUCGGAGUUUGCAGUGCAAAGGGCUGUCACUGGGGGCACCUACAGAUCCCGUCUGCCUUGUCACAGGAACAUCAAAAUUCCUCAGCCUUCUCAGUGCCUCCACAGGCAAGACCAUCUGGACGCUGAACUCCAUCCACCUUUCAAGUGGGAUCCUGGCUGCACCAGCUGCAACUCUUCCAGAUGUAGAUGGAGAUGGGAUUAGGGAUAUUGUUGUUCUGGCUCUCAAAGAGACACAGCCUGAUAUGUUUUUCGUCUUGGUGUCAGGAAAGACUGGGACUGCUUUGGGUGGGCCUGUGAAGUACAGCGCCAAUGGAGAAGGGAAAGUGAUUGGCCCCCAGGUCCACAUCACCAGCCGGGGAGCCAUCUACAUCCUGUUUGGGUUUGGUAAUGUUCAAGCAGUUGCCCUGAGGGAUAUCUUUACCCAAGCCAGAAACCGGGACAGCUUUCCUGCAAUGCUGCAGCAGGAGGAGCUGGAGUGGGAAAAGCGCAGAUCUGUCAACCUGUCAGAGCUCAUUGACAUUUACAGUGGGGGUGUUGAUUUCCUGCAGACGAUGAAGACACCUGACACAAACUGCAGCAACCUGCUCAUCACAACCAAAGAGGGCUUGAUCCUACUGCGGGGACAGGACCUGGAGCCCCGCUGGACCCUGGAACUGCAGAACAUCAGCAGCCAGCCUGUACCAGGUUACUUCGGUGCUGAUGAAACUCUGGACUUCAUGCUGCAAGCACAGACUGGAGAUGGGAACAAAAAGGUGGUGGUGAUAGACGGCAAAUCCGGCCUCCCUGUUUGGAACCAGGAACUCCCGUGGCAGAAGCAACAACUUGAUGCGCUGUCAGUCAUGACUUUGGACAAGAAGUCUGUUUUUCUCUUCUGGGCUGAUGAAGCACAGCCUGUGUUGCAAAGUUUGCAACCUGGUCCCAGACCUGAGCGCCCAGGGCUGCACCACCUCUAUCUCCUCCAUCCUGUUUUUCCUACCGUCCUUUUGGACCUCACCAAUGCAACAGACAAAGUCAUUGCUUCAGCAGUUGGAAUUAACGAUCUCCAGAAGGAUGCAUUUCACAUCAUGGUGACAACAACUGCAACCUCUGAAAAACAGCCAGGGUUACUCUCGGUCAGCAAGCUGGGCCUGAAGUGGGCCAUGAUGAGUCAAGGUCGAACGGUGUGGCUAAAGGACACCACCACUCCCAAAAUCAGCCGUGGAGAAGUGAGGCGAUUUCUUGCCCGGCUGAAAUUUGUUGACUUUCCUCAGAAGCUCUAGCCUGGUGGUUCCUCAGAUUUUGGUUGGACCUGUGGCCUGUAUGGAGAAUAUGGGAAGCUGCUCUGUGGAUAUUCAGGAAAACUGCUGUGUAAAGGGAAUGGGGGCUAAAAGCACUUCCCCUUUCUUCAGCUCUCUGGGGAAUGCUGCUGGAGGCAGGUUUGUCCUAGGCAGGCCUGUCCUGUACCAGAGGAACCUUGUUCAGCAUCUCUCCCUCCAUGUGCCGUUCUUGCAUGCUUCCUUCCAGGUAACACGGAAAUGUGAAUUUAGAAUUUAUAUAUGUACAUAUAUAUAUAUAUAUAUGUAUCAAUUUUUACUAUAUAUAUAUAUAUUUUUUGUAUGUUUAAUUUAUGAAUGAGAUUUAGGACACUCCUUUUUAUGUCCAAACAGUAUUCCCAGGCAGUCAAAUAAGCUCUAGGCCUA